GUGGUCAGUGGGCUGGGGAGAUGCCUUAAGAGCAAAUGUUACCUCUGUAGAUGCUUGGAAUCCAAACAGUCUGUUACAAGAACAGGUCAUUAAGGGAAUUCUCCCAAAUAAUACCUAUCUGAAACUCUUCAACUUAUUAAGACCAAUGUCCGAGGCUUCCUUGCAGGAUGGCCUCAGGCAAAGUACGCUGCACCCGGAAGCUCCGGAGCUGGAUUGUGGAGCAGGUGGAAAGUGGGCAGUUCGCAGGGGUGUGCUGGGACGAUACAGCCAAGACCAUGUUCCGGAUCCCCUGGAAGCAUGCAGGCAAGCAAGACUUCCGAGAGGACCAGGAUGCUGCCAUUUUCAAGGCUUGGGCACUGUUUAAGGAAAAGCACAAAGAUGGGGACAUAGGACACCCUGCUGUCUGGAAGACUCGCCUACGCUGUGCCCUCAACAAGAGUUCUGAAUUUGAGGAGGUUCCUGAGAGAGGUCGUAUGGAUGUUGCUGAACCCUACAAAGUAUAUCGAAUACUGCCAGCAGGAACCCUCCCUACCCAACCACGAAACCAGAAGUCACCAUUCAAGCGAAGUAUCAGUUCUGUGUCACCAGAGAGGGAAGAGAAUAAGGAAAAUGGGAGGGCCAAUGGAGUUGUAAACCACUCAGACAGUGGCUGUAACUUCAGCGGCCGUGGCUGCAGUGGUAGUGACAGCUGCAGCAGCAACAGCAGCAGCAGCAGCAGCAGCAGCAGCAGCAGCAGCAGCAGCUCUGAGCUAGAGGAAGGAGCUGGCAUAAUGGAAGCUACCAUUAGAGAGGACCCGGUGUUCAUGGAGCACCAGCUUCCUCUGAACUCAGACUACUCGCUGCUGCUCACCUUCAUCUAUGAUGGCCAUGUGGUGGGUGAGACCAAGGUCCACAGCCUAGACUGUCGGCUUGUGGCUGAGCGCUCAGACUCAGAGAGAAGCAUGAUGCAGGUGGAGUUUCCCAAACCUGGUCCACUGGAGCCUAUCCAGAGCCUGCUGAGUCAGCUCGAGAGAGGCAUCCUGGUGGCCAGCAAUUCCAGAGGCCUCUUUGUUCAGCGCCUUUGCCCUAUCCCCAUCUCCUGGAAUGCACCCGAGGCCCCACCUGGGCCUGGUCCUCAUCUACUGCCCAGCAAUAAGUGUGUGGAGCUCUUCAGGACUACCUACUUCUGUAGAGAUUUGGUCCAGUACUUCCAGGGCCAGGGGCCCCGACCCAAGUUCCAAGCAACACUGCAUUUCUGGGAAGGGAGCCCUGGCUCUGGCCAUACCCAAGAGAAUCUUAUCACAGUGCGGAUGGAGCAAGCCUUUGCCCGACAUCUACUGGAGAGGGUUCCCGAGGAGGAGAAAGCCGCCUUGUUCCUGGUACAGCACGCAGAGCCCUCACCUGCCGCUCUCACCCUCUCGUCCUCGGGUCUCCACUGAAAUAGACUUGUUCUCCACACAGUUGGUCUGCCUGCUUUUGUGAUGAUUCUUACCACUGUGGGUUAUCCAGCAUGGCCAAGAGAAAGUGCAAGGAUAAUUUUUAUCCUUAAAAAUUUAUUUUCAGGGCCAGACUUGUUGGUGAAUACUUGUAAAUUCAGUACUAGGGAGACAGACCAAAUGAUUAUGAGUUCAAGGACAACCUGGGAGAGACUUUUAUUUCCUUUUUUCAAAGCUAUAUCCUCUUUCAUCUCUAAGGAACUGGAAAGUUCCAAAGGGUGUGUUCUCAGAGGGAAUUUUGCUCUUCUCCCAAUCCCUAACUCUAAAUUUAAGCACUUUAUAUAUAUGUAUAUUUUUUCCCUCAGUCCUCAUUAGACUAAAAUAAAAUUUAGCUGGGUGAGGUAGUAUGCACUCGGCACAUGUGGGACAUGUGUGACUUUGAAUUCAAGGCUAGCCUUGGUGACACUGUCUCCAAACAAUAAGUAAAAGCUUACUAAGAGAGAGACCAGGGUCUGACUUGUUAGGAUUGGGUAGCAGGGAUGAUGGAGAAUUGUACAGAUGGAGACUAAGGUACCCAGUAUCUGGGCUCUCUGUCUCAUGGCGAUUCGGAUUCCUCUGCUCUCCUCUGCCCAUAGGCCUAGCCAGAAUGCCAUAGUCUCUAACACAUGAUGAUUCUCCUGCCCCAGCCUCCUCAGUGCUGGGGUUCCGUGUACACCACCAUGCCUGACCGUACCACCAUACCUCUCUUUUCUCUUUCUUCCAAUCAACCCUCCCCGAUCCCCUCUCUUUCAGACUUGACCUAGUACUUCCAGGGUAAGGGGCUCCCACCCAAGUUUCAGGCAACCAAGGUCGGGUUGGAGUCUCUAAGAGAGGCGCUGUUGCUCACAGGCAAACAGCACUAUAGCCACGCAGUGGUUCAUGAGCUUAGCCUCCUUACGCCCAUAUGUUGAAUACUUGGUCUUCAGUGGAACCAUUUGCGAAUUAUUAGGAGGUGUGGCAUUGUUGGAUGAAUUGUGUCACUGGCCUUGGGCUCUGAGGUUUCCAAAGACCCUGCCAUUCCCAGGUAGCACUCUCUCUGUGUCUCAUGCUUGUAAAUCAGAUGUAAACGCUCAACCCCAGUACCAUUCCUGCCUGCCUGCCUGCUGCUGCUAUGUUCUCUGCCGUGAUGGUCAUGGAUUCUAAACCUUUAGAAAUAUGAGCCCCAAAUUAAAUUGUCUUUUAUAAGUUG